AAAGAAGAAGAGGAAGAAGAAGAAGAAAAUCUCGAAUCAAAAUGUAUCAAAAUAAAACGAAAAUAACUAUAAAUAAGGAUUUAUUACGUGAAAGACAAAAUUGUACUUUUGACCCAAAUGAGUUAACUGUUUGGUUAAAUGGUAGUCCUGAGAAAGUUGCUCAACGACGUGAAUUAGAAAGCUAUUUUUUAAACGAUCCAUUGUUAAAGGACAAUGUGCCUGCCAAGUAUAAAAGUCAUAAAGAAAUUUAUGAGGAUGCGAUAAGAAAAGGAUGCAUUGUAUUGAAAAAAUUAGAUUCUCUACAAACUACGGGAUCAAGUGAUAUGUUUACAUAUAUACAAAUCUUAGGUGGGAUGUUAGGAUCUGCUGUAUUAAAAGAUGGAAAUCCGUUAACUUUACAUCAUGCAAUGUUUAUACCAGCAUUAUUGGGACAAGGUUCAUCUGAACAACAAAUGAUUUGGUUACCUAGAGCUUGGUCUAGCAAUAUCAUUGGAACUUAUGCUCAAACAGAGCUUGGUCAUGGAACGUUUAUCAGAGGUUUGGAAACUACUGCGACUUAUGAUCCUAAAACUAAAGAAUUUGUAUUGAACAGUCCAACUUUAACUGCGUACAAAUGGUGGCCUGGUGGUUUGGGUCAUACUGCGAAUUAUGCCGUAGUAGUUGCACAAUUGUAUACACAAGGUGAAUGCAAAGGAGUACAUCCAUUUAUCGUACAACUCAGAGAUGAAGAGACUCAUGAACCCUUACCAGGUAUCAAAAUUGGAGAAAUUGGAACUAAAUUAGGAAUGAAUGCGACCAAUAAUGGGUUCUUAGGGUUUGAUAAUGUUAGAAUACCAAGAGAACAUAUGUUAAUGAAAAAUUCUCAGAUAUUAGAAGAUGGAACUUAUAUUAAAGCUACAAGCGAUAAAUUAACUUACGGUACAAUGAUGUUCGUACGAGUUCUUCUAAUACAAGAUAUAGCAUCUUAUCUAUCUAAAGCUUUAACCAUCGCUAUUAGAUACAGUGCUGUAAGAAGACAAUCUCAAAUCAAUUCUAACGAACCAGAGGCACAAAUAAUGAAUUAUAUGACUCAACAAUACAAACUUUUUCCAAAUUUGGGAAUGUUUUUUGCAAUUACUAUUGCUGCUGAUUGGAUUUGGGAUAUGUAUAACAAUGUAACUGCUGAAUUGCAUCAGGGUGAACUAGAAAGACUACCAGAAUUACAUGCACUAGCAUGUUGCCUUAAGGCAGUAUCUUCAUCCGAUGGUGCAAGAGCAAUCGAAGAACUUCGACUUUCUUGUGGUGGUCAUGGUUAUAUGGAUUCUAGUAAUUUACCUGCAACAUAUGGUUUAGUAACAGCAGCAUGUACUUACGAGGGUGAAAAUACUGUAUUACUUUUACAAACAGCAAGAUAUUUAUUGAAAGUUUGGAGACAAGCUGUUAAAGGUAAUCGGUUACCACCUACAGUUGAAUAUUUGUACGAUUUUGUACAUGGAACUAAACAAAAAAGUUGGGACGGUAGUUUAACGUGUAUCGUUGAAGCUCAUCAAGCGGUAGCUGCAGGAAAAAUUCAUUUGGCUGUACAAAACAUGGAUCGUAGAAUAAAAGGAGGUUGUUCACCCGAAAAUGCCUGGAACGAAACUAGUAUCGAAUUAAUGCAAGCAGCCGAAUCGCAUUGUCGAGUUUUCUUGGUAACCGGAUAUGUUAAAAAGAUCAAAGAAUUGAAUACAUUAUCAAAAGAAUUGCGUACUGUAUUACAACAAUUGUGCACGUUGUAUUGUAUCUAUUGGGUAUUACAACGAACGGGUGAUUUCUUAAGAUUUUCUAGUUUAAAGAAAGAAAAUAUACCAAAACUACAAUUACAUCUCGAAGAAAUGUUAAAAGCUAUUCGUCCUAAUGCUGUAGGUAUUGUUGAUGGUUUUGAUUUACAUGAUGAUGUUCUUGGAUCAGCUUUAGGGGCAUACGAUGGUAACGUUUAUCAACGUCUUUUUAAUGAAGCUAUGAAAAGUCCAUUGAAUCAGGAACGUGUAAAUGAAUCUUUCCAUAAAUAUCUGAAACCAUUCUUUAAAAGCAGAUUAUAGCAUACAUAUAUAUAUAUAUAUAUAUAUAUGUAUUUGUUAAAUUUAUUCAUUAAAAGGGGGAGUAUGAUUUUGUGUUAAAUAAAUUUGUUCGGUAAAUAAGUGGAAUGAUUGAAUGUUAUAAGAAUAAUGUAUACAUCAUGCGCGUAAAUAUUUAAUAUUAAUAUUGCAAAAUGGGGUACACAGAAACGUAAAAAGUAAGAUGUUAACAAAAGAAAAAAUAAUCAUGUUAAAAGAAGAUUUAUAAUUGUAUGUUAUUAUUUAUACACACACACA